AUGGCUUCUAACAAGCGGAUUGGAGGUGCCACAUUUCAACCAACGGUUAAAAGGAAACGGGAGAGUGAUGAAUUCGAAAAACAAUAUGUUCCAAACUUCGAAAAUGAUUUAUCAGAAAACAUUAAAAUAGACAAAUCAAAAUGGGCUAGACCAGCAGUCGAUAAACAACUCGGAAUUUCUAAGAAUAUUGCUUGUCAAGUUCUUGAAGUUGAAACAUAUUAUGAAGCAGCAAAUGGAAGUGGAUAUGAUAGAACAAAUGCUAAAAUAUACGGUGUAACACGAGCUGGAAAUUCUAUUUGUGUGAUUGUCACAGAUUAUUUUCCACAUUUCUAUUUUCAGGUUAUAAUUCAAAUUUGUUUUUCCGCUCUAACUUAUUGUUGUUUUUUCAGGCACCUUCUGGAUUUGGUGUCGAACAUAUUGGUCAAGCUCAAAAUGCAAUUUGUAAUGCAAUUGCUUCUCAAAUUAAAAGAGGACCCGGAAAUGCUCAAUUAUCAGGAACUGUUGUUGAUAAUCUAGUUCAUAUUGAAAUUGUUCAUGGAGAAAACUUGUAUUAUUUUCGUGGAGCUGAUACAAAAGUUCCAUUUAUCAAAGUAACUGGCACAACAAAUGCUCUUCAUAAAGCAAGAACUGAACUGAAAUCCGGAAUAAAUUUGAUGGGAAAAGGACCGGUUAAUAUUGGAAAUCUUUAUGAAUCAAAUAUUGAUGCUGAAGUUAAAUUCAUGGCAAAAACUGGAAUUGUAGGAUGUGGUUGGAUCGAAAUACCAGCUGGAAAAUGUGAUAUGAUUAAAGAAAAAGAUAAAGCAUCAAGAUGUCAAAUUGAAGUAUCAGUUUCUGUUCGUGAUUUAAUUGUUCAUGAAAGUGAUGGAGAAUGGGCUGAUAUUGCACCAAUUCGAACACUUUCAUUUGAUAUCGAAUGUAUUGGAAGAAGAGGAGUAUUUCCAGAAGCAACUAUGGAUCCAAUUAUUCAAAUUGCAAAUAUGAUUAAAAUUGAAGGAGAAACUGAACCAUUUGUUCGAAAUUGUUUUGUAUUAGGAACGUGUGCUCCAGUUGUUGGAAGUUCGAUUAUUGAAUGUGUAAAUGAGAAAUUAUUAUUGGAAAAAUGGGCAGAAUUUAUUCGAGAAGUCGAUCCUGAUAUUAUUACCGGUUAUAAUAUUCUCAAUUUCGAUUUACCUUAUAUUCUGGAUCGCGCAAAAGUUCUCAAACUUCCAAUGGUUUCACAUCUUGGAAGACAAAAAGAUAAAGGAUCUGUUAUUCGAGAUGCAGCUAUUUCAUCAAAACAAAUGGGAAGCCGAGUUAACAAAAAUAUUGAUAUUCAUGGACGAAUUAUUUUUGAUGUUCUUCAGGUACAACUCAGAAAUUUUUAGAUUUUUUCACUAUGACAAAAAAUGUUUUUUUCAGGUUGUACUUCGUGAUUACAAACUUCGAAGUUAUACUCUAAACAGUGUUUCAUAUCAAUUUUUAUCGGAACAAAAAGAAGAUGUCGAACAUAAUAUUAUUCCCGAUCUUCAAAGAGGAAAUGAACAAACUCGAAGAAGACUCGCAAUGUAUUGUUUGAAAGAUGCAUUGUUGCCUUUGAGAUUAUUGGAUAAACUUAUGUCUAUUAUUAAUUAUAUUGAAAUGGCAAGAGUUACUGGAGUUCCAAUGAAUUAUUUAUUGACUAGAGGACAACAAAUCAAGGUAACCUUGUUUCAAAUUAUUUUUUUAUGGAUCUGAGUUCUUUAUUUUCUUUCUAAUCUAGAUCCUAUCAAUGAUGCUCCGUCGAUGCAAAGCCAACAAUUUCUUCCUUCCUGUUAUCGAAUCUUCUGGUGGAGAUGGAGAAAGUUAUGAAGGUGCAACUGUAAUUGAUCCAAUUCGAGGUUUUUAUAAUGAACCAAUCGCAACUCUUGAUUUUGCAUCACUUUAUCCUUCAAUUAUGAUUGCACAUAAUUUAUGUUAUACAACUCUUUUGAAAUCACCAAAUGGUGUUGAAAAUGAAGAUUAUAUCAGAACACCGUCAGGACAAUAUUUUGCAACUCAAAAUCGAAGAAAAGGAUUGCUCCCGAUUAUUUUGGAAGAUUUGUUGGCUGCGAGAAAACGAGCGAAAAAUGAUUUGAAAAAUGAGAAAGAUGAAUUUCGAAAAAUGGUUUUCAAUGGACGACAAUUGGCUCUGAAAAUUUCAGCCAAUUCAGUUUAUGGUUUCACUGGGGCAACUGUUGGAAAAUUGCCAUGUUUGGAAAUUUCACAAUCAGUAACUUCAUUUGGAAGAAAAAUGAUUGAUAUGACAAAAAGUGAAGUGGAAAGAAUUUAUAAAAAAGGAGCAAUGAAUGGAAAAUGUCCGGCUGAUGCAAAAGUUAUUUAUGGAGAUACGGAUUCAGUUAUGGUGAAAUUUGGUGUUGAAACAGUUGCACAAGCUAUGGAAAUUGGUUUGCACGCGGCUACUGAAGUUUCAAAAAUUUUUACACCUCCAAUCAAAUUGGAAUUCGAAAAAGUAUAUUUUCCAUAUUUAUUGAUUAACAAAAAACGAUAUGCUGGAUUAUAUUUCACAAAACCAGAUAUUCAUGAUAAAAUGGAUUGUAAAGGACUUGAAACAGUUCGUCGUGAUAAUUGUCCAUUGGUUGCCAAGGUUUUGGGAAUUUGUCUCGAAAAAUUGUUGAUUGAUAGAGAUGAGCAAUCUGCUCUUGAUUUUGCAAAGAAAACGAUCGGUGAUUUAUUGUGCAAUAAAAUUGAUAUCUCACUUUUGAUUAUUAGCAAGGAAUUGACAAAAUCUGGAGAUGUGAGUUUUUUUUUUCAAAUUCUUGAAAAAAAUAUUCAGUUUGUUUUUUUUAAAGAAAUAUCAAGCAAAACAAGCUCAUGUUGAAUUGGCAGCUCGAAUGAAGAAAAGAGAUCCAGGAAGUGCCCCGCGAUUAGGAGAUCGUGUUCCAUAUGUUUUUGUUGCUGCUGCUAAAAAUGUUCCGGCUUAUGAAAGAGCAGAAGAUCCAGCUUUCGUUUUAUCGAAUAAUAUUCCAAUUGAUACUAAACAUUAUUUGACUAAUCAAUUAGCUAAACCACUUGCUAGAAUUUUUGAACCGAUUUUGGGGGAUCGAGCUGAAAAGGUUAGUCAUUUCUGUGUUACCAUGAUUUUUGAUGAGCCGUAUUCCUUUCAGAUUCUUGUCGAAGGCGAACAUACUCGUGUUCGAACUGUUGUUCAAAGUAAAGUUGGAGGACUUGCGGCUUUUACAAAGAAAUCAGCAACUUGUCUUGGAUGCAAAAGUGUUUUACCGAAAUCUGAUGCUGAAAAUGCGAUUUGUCAACAUUGCCAACCGAAAUUGCCGGAAAUCUUUUCUCAAAGAUUGAAUAAUCUUCAUGAACUUGAAACAAAGUUUGCAAGACUUUGGACAGAAUGCCAGAAUUGUGCGAAGACAAUGCAAGAAAAGGUUUGUGUUUUUUUGAAGAUUCCAAUGUUUUAUCUUUUUUUGCAGGUAAACUGUUCUGCUCGUGAUUGUCCAAUUUAUUACAUGCGCGAUAAAAUUCGAAAUGAUAUUGAAGAAUCAAGCCAGGUUAUUGAACGAUUCGGUGAUCCAACUUUUUUCAAUUGA